AUGUGUGACAAUAUUACUUUUGUGGAUGGAUUUAUUUUUUUAGGACUUGAGACAGCUCCAGAAUUGAAAAACUUUAUUUUUACAGUGCUAGCUCUUAUCUUCAUUCUAUCAGUUAUUGGUAACUUCACUGUCUUAGUUAUCAUACGAACAGACUGUCGUCUUCACACACCCAUGUACUUCUUUCUACUUAAUCUUGCACUGAUAGAAAUUUUGUACACCACAUCUAUCACCCCGAAUACUCUAAAGAAUUUAUUGGAAGAGGAGAAAAGGAUCUCAUUUGCUGGAUGUUUUAUUCAGAUGUUUCUCUUUGUUACAUUGGGGGGUUCAGAAUGUGUCCUCCUUGGUAUCAUGGCUUAUGAUAGAUAUGUAGCCAUAUGUCACCCUCUGUUAUAUACCACAAUCAUGAAUCAGCCUCGUUGUGUCUGUCUAGCACUGGUUUGCUGGAUUAUUGGAUUUACAGAUUCAUUACUUCAUACAACUCUCACAUCGGUGUUACCUUACUGUCAUAGCCGUAUUAUUAAGCACUACUUCUGUGAUAUUCCACCUCUUCUUAAUAUAUCUUUUAAGGACACCUAUGUUAAUGAAAUACUGGUAUUCCUUGUUGGUGGGUGUAUAAUUGUGGGCUCUCUAACCUUGACUCUUAUUUCAUACAUAUUUGUCAUUGUUGCAGUUAUGAGAAUUUCUUCUCUAACUGGAAAACAAAAAGCCUUCUCUACCUGCACCUCACACCUCAUAGUUGUCACCAUUUUCUUCGGAACAGUUAUUUGUACUUAUCUUCGACCUAAUGCACAUUCUUUUUCUAGCCAGGAUAAAGUCAUCUCCUUAGUUUAUGUUGUAGUAACACCUUUUAUAAAUCCUAUCAUUUAUAGCUUCAGAAAUAAGGAUUUUCAACGGGCUUUGGAAAAAGUGUUUCAGUUUGUAGUUGCCAAGAAAAUGAAAAGUAAAUCAAUUUUACAGGAGAAAUUUAGAUAA